AUGCCUCGGGAGCUCAUAACUUUGCAAACUGGUCAAUGCGGAAACCAGAUUGGCUCACAAUUUUGGGAACAUUUAUGCCGUGAGCAUGGGAUAUCAAAAGACGGGACACUAGAGGAGUUUGCGACAGAGGGCCAAGGCGGUGAUCGCAAGGAUGUAUUUUUCUACCAAGCUGAUGAUGAGCACUAUAUACCACGCGCCAUUCUUGUCGACUUAGAGCCGAGGGUUAUUAACAAUAUCAUGACAGGACCAUAUAAGAGCUUGUACAAUCCCGAGAAUCUGUACCGCAAUGUGAGUGGCGGGGGCGCAGGGAACAACUGGGCGCAAGGAUAUGCGGCAGGCGAGAAGGCUGCUGAUGAACUUAUUGAGAUGGUUGACCGCGAGGCUGAUGGAAGCGAAAGUUUGGAGGGCUUUUUUCUUCUACAUUCGAUUGCAGGUGGCACAGGGUCGGGGCUAGGCUCUUUUUUGCUUGAGCGGCUGAAUGAUGCGUUUCCCAAAAAGCUUAUCCAGACAUACAGUGUAUUUCCGAAUUCGGAAGAAACGUCCGAUGUGGUUGUACAGCCUUACAACUCCGUCUUGACUCUGAAGCGACUGGUAAACAAUGCGGACAGUGUAGUAGUGCUGGACAAUGCUGCAUUGAGCCGUAUUGCAAGUGAUCGACUGCAUUUGCAGAACCCAAGCUACCAUCAAACAAACCAACUAGUCAGCACGGUCAUGAGCACGUCGACUACGACGCUUAGGUACCCGGGAUACAUGAACAAUGACCUUUGUGGCAUUCUAGCAUCGCUCAUCCCAUCUCCGCGAGCGCACUUCCUCAUGACAUCUUAUACGCCCUUCACUUCCGACAAUGUCGACCGGGGCAAGGCGACGAUGAAGACAACUGUGCUUGAUGUAAUGCGACGAUUGCUUCAGCCUAAGAACCGCAUGGUAAGCAUGACGGGUGCAAGCAAAACAAGCUGCUAUAUGUCUGUACUGAACAUCAUCCAAGGCGAUGUGGACCCACGUGAUGUCCAAAAAAGCCUGUUGCGCAUCCGGGAACGACACUUGGCGAGCUUUGUGCCAUGGGGACCUGCAAGUAUCCAAGUUGCACUAUCGCGACGCAGUCCUUAUGUGGCGAGUUCUCACCGCGUAAGUGGUCUCAUGCUUGCGAAUCACACGGGUAUUGCUAGUAUGUUCAAGCGCACGGCGGAUCAAUACGAUCGGCUGCGCAAACGCAAUGCUUUCCUCGACAUGUACAAGCGAGAGGCGAUGUUUUCUAGCGACUUGUCAGAGUUUGAUGAGGCGCGAGAAACGGUCACGGAACUUAUGGCGGAGUAUCGCGCGGCUGAGAAGGACGAUUAUAUUACUGGCGGGGGCGUUGUGGGUACCUAG